CUUAAACCCUUCCCGCUUCCACAAAUUGCGUUCCUUCAAAAUCUGUGAUCGAACCUCUCGAAUUUGAUUUGGAUAAAAAGGCUUUCCUUAAGAUUUGGGUAUGGAUUUGGAGGAAGAACAUGAUCAAGGAUACAACGAUGAUGAAGAAGAUAUAACCCAAGAGGAUGCUUGGACAGUUAUCAGUUCUUAUUUCGAAGAAAAAGGACUUGUUCGCCAACAACUUGAUUCAUUUGAUGAGUUUAUUCAGAAUUCCAUGCAAGAAAUUGUGGACGAAUCUGCAGAUAUCGAGAUCCGACGCGAAUCACAGCACAAUCCGGGGCACCGGCCUGAUUGUGCAGAGGUUCGUUUUGGAUCCUGUUUCUGUAUAUUGUUAAAGUUCCACAGAAGGAUUAAGAUUUCAGUUUCGGAGAAGAGAUUGUUCAAAUUGAUUGUUGAUUGAAAUUGAAAGUGGUAACCUAAGCUUGGCAUUCUUAAUUCUAGGGUUUUAACUCUAGUUUUGGUUUUGGAGGGAAAAUCAGUUUAAGCCUCUUGAAAUUGAUUGAUUCACGAAACUAUCUGAAUCUAACUGGAAAUUGUUCGACUGGAUGGAAUUCUAGAAUCAGAUCAUAAUAGUACUCAUACUCCUAGUUGAAUUAUCGAAAUGUAAGGAUCCUUUGCAAGACUCUAGCGGUGUCCGAGUAAGAACUUCUAAACUCCGAUCUGAAUUCAAUUGAACUAUUGUGAAGUAAGAACUUCUAAACUAUGAUCUGAAUUCAAUUGAACUAUUGUGAAACGAUACUUCUAAAUGAGCGGGAUUCACAUUCUAUACUAAACAAAACAACUGAAGUAUCAAAACAUUCUGCAUUUUCAAGGAAAUUGCACUUUGACUGAACGGAAAUGCAUACAUUCAUGUGAUGUAUUUGAAUAUUUGAUAUAUCCUUCU